AUGUACUGUGAGAAGUGACACUUGGUUUGAUUGCCUCACAUGGUUUUUAUUUUUUGCAGAAAAUUGCUGUUAACAGUUUAUCAGUGUUACCUGAAUGUAUUUCUACAUUUCGCAGCUAGUUCUUAAACGAUUUACAUGUAUUAAAAGUACAAAUCAGUUACUGUUAAGGUAUUGAGGUUAUGUUCAAGUAGCACCAAAGUUUAAUAUAAGUUCUUUUGUGCUCCUCAGUUCUAAAAGGUCGAUUUCAAGAAUAAAAAACAUGACUGGACAAACUGAGGCCAGGGCUCCCCUGAAGAAGUUUCAGAAUAUUAUCAAAUCUCCUGAAGAUAAGAGAUCUUACAGGGGACUUGAACUCAGUAACCAUAUGAAAGUAUUACUUGUCAGCGAUCCUACAACUGAUAAAUCAGCGGCUGCUCUCAAUGUAAACGUUGGUUUCCUGAGUGACCCUGAUUACUUGCCUGGUUUGGCCCAUUUUUGUGAACACAUGCUAUUUCUGGGCACUGAAAAGUACCCAAAUGAAAAUGAGUACAUUAAGUUCCUAAGUGAGCAUAGUGGAAGCAGCAAUGCAUCCACAUAUACUGAUCAUACAGUUUAUUAUUUUGAUGUUGCUCCUGAUAAACUUACAGAGGCAUUAGACAGGUUUGCACAGUUCUUUAUUGCCCCUCUCUUCACUGAAAGUGCCACUGAGAGAGAGCUGAUAGCUGUUAAUUCAGAGCACGAAAAGAAUUUGCCUAAUGACAUGUGGAGAAUGUCUCAGUUGGAAAAACACACAUGCAAUCCUAAUCAUCCAUAUCAUAAGUUUGGAACUGGUAAUAAGGAGACCUUGGAUGUGAUACCCAAGAAAAAAGGAAUCAAUGUUAGGAGUGAGCUGCUAAAAUUCCAUGAGCAGUGGUAUUCUNCAUACAGUUAA